AUGCCUGGGUGGGAAUUAGAGGACAACAACGGGGAGGGACGUGAGCUACGGAGCGUAGCUGAGAGUCUCGUCGUAUUACAGUCUCUCAGAGAGUCACGGAGAAGGUGGCUCUCCUCGAUUUUCCCCAAGUUUUCUACCAAACCUCGCGGUGGAAAACCUCCCGACGUAGUUCCUCCUCCCCACACCAUCAAGGCCCAUGGUAGAUAUGAUUUGACAAUAGGGCCCCACACUUUCCCGAACACAGCAUUCUACGAGGUUCACUACAUUCCUCAACCAGUCAGCGCACCUGCACCUACGCUACAUCCUACCCACUUCCUGUCACAAGGCACAAGUAUGCAGCAGCUGCCAGGCACGUCUGUACCCGCGGUGGCAGGACAGAGUUUUAACAUGCAGCCCACACCGGAGGUUUUCGUCACCCCGGACUUGAUCUCACAAGUCAAUGCCGCUUCCCUGUCUAAUCCCACCCUUGCGAACCUUCUACAAAUGGCUGCAUCUGGUCGAGCGACUCCGGACCAGAUGAAAACACUUGGUUUAUUGAUUCAGUCUUUAGGUGCGGCGAACUUGGCUGCACCACCGUUGGCAAGCCCGACCCCAACGCAGGUGUCUUACACCAGGAGGGACUUCGACAUUGUCAUCGAAUUUACCGAGCGGCCGUCCGACAAAUGGGUCUUCCCUCGUGGACCUGUGGUAUGUGAACGAACGAAAACUAAUGAGACUUCGACUGCAAUCCUGGUCAGCGAUAUCACGAUGACGACGGCUGUUCCGUUCACGAACAUCGAGCCGCCCUUCCACGCGCAACAGAGCAAUGGAGGCAUCGCAGCGAGUGUUCAGCAAGACGUUGUCACUUUUUAUCUAUCCAAAGUACCACGGACGCUCUGGGAUGUGCUUAUAACCUGGUCGGGUGGUGAGCAGGGUAUGGAAGACAGUCGAAGACGGCUCGUGGAAAUAUCUGCGAAAGCCGCACCACGUACGUAUUUACAGCACCGGCUUCCAGAAGGACCACUCAUUUCUCAGAUUCAGAGUGUCGUAACUCCUUACGCAACAAAGCCGAUAGCCCCCGUUCACGCUGAUAGAACAAAGCGAAAGGCUGCGACGCGAAAAGUGACUAUCGAUACUACAGGGUCAAUGGGAGGCAACACCUCAAAGCGAAGACAACCUUCUAAGCCUAAAGCUAUUGCUCAACCUCCCCCGAUUGCAUGUCGGUCCUGCGGUCAGACUGAUGUUCCAUUGAUGAUGGGAGGUCGAUACUGUCGAACAUGCAUCGAAGCAGGAAAGGCAGUGCACGAUAUCCCUCAAGUCCCUGUCGCCGCAGGUAGCAUGAGCAGUGCAGGCCCAUGGGUAGGUUCAACCAUGCAUGUAUUUCCACAAACACCUGGAGGACAUACUGCGCACAAAUCUCGCCGUCCCUCCGGCUUAGCGACUCCUGCGUUGCAUCCGUCUUCAUCAAUUGUUCCAAAUCCAUCUGCUCUGCCUGUGAACAUGCAACAAGGAAGGAUGUGA